AUGGCAGACUUACAAACCCCGCUUCCUAUUCGCCUCGCCCAAACCAUGGGCCUCACAACCGCUGGUCUUCUCGCCGGCGCCAACAUUUCAUUCUCCCUCAUAGCGCUCCCCCGCAUCCUCGAAUCGCCCACGCCCCUCCUCAUCCAACAAUGGAAGAACAUGUUCGAAUCUGGGAAAUUCUUCAUGCCGCCAAUCGCCCUCUUGUCAUCCUCCAUGCUCUUCUACCUCGCCUCGCAAGCCCGGUCCCCCAAAUCAGUCCUAUCUGAGGAUCGCUUUUGGGGAUAUGUAGCAGCGGGCGUUCUGGCGUUGAGUAUCGUGCCUUAUACGCUGCUGUUUAUGAACGGUACGAAUUCGCGGCUGUUGGUGGGGGAGAAGGAGGUAGAAAGUACGGUGAGGGAGUUGGUGCGCAAGUGGGGGAGGUUAAAUUUGGGGAGGAGUGUGCUUUUGGUUGGGAGUUUGGGGGUCGGGGCUUGGAGUGUGGUUAAUUAG